CUUCCAGCGAUGGCGUCUGCUGAUCUGAGACAGGAGCUGGACUGUUCCAUCUGCCUGAGCAUUUAUACAGAUCCUGUAACCCUGAGAUGUGGCCACAACUUCUGCCAGAUCUGUAUUGAUCGUGUGUUGGACACACAGGAGGGAUGGUCAGAAGCGUAUACUUGUCCUGAAUGCAGGGCAACGUUCAGAAGACGUCCUGUACUGCAGAGGAACAUAACUCUGUGUAACAUAGUGGGGAGUUUCCUGUCUACUCGGCCAGAUCAGGAGGAGACUGGGAUCUUCUGCACUUACUGCAUUCACUCUACUGUACCUGCCGCUAAAUCCUGUCUGCUGUGUGAGGCUUCUCUGUGUGAUAAUCACCUGAGAGUACACAGCAAGUCAGCAGAGCACGUCUUAUGUGAUCCCACCACUGCCCUGGGGAACAGGAAAUGCUCCGUCCAUAAGAAGGUCCUGGAGUAUUACUGCGCUGAGGAUGCUGCUUGUAUCUGUGUGUCCUGUAGGCUGGAUGGAGAACAUCAAGGACACCAUGUGGAGAUGCUGGAUGAGGCCUCUGAGAAGAAGAAGGAGAAGCUGAGAAAUGUUCUGCAGAAACUGACCACAAGGAUAAUGGAGACUGAUAAAAGAGUCCAGAGUCUGCAGGAGCGCAGGAGAGAAGAACAGGGAAAAGCAGCUGGUGUAACAGAGACAGUCACUGCCCUGUUUAGAGACAUCAGGAGACAGCUGGAAGACCUGGAGAAGAGAGUCCUGAGUGAGAUCUCCAGGCAGGAACGGCGCAUUUCACUCUCUAUCUCUGAUCUGUUCCAGCAGCUGGAAAUAAAGAAGGACGAGCUGUCCGGGAAGAUGCGUCACAUUGAGGAGCUGUGUAACAUGUCUGACCCGGUGACUGUCUUACAGGAACCAGACACAGGGGACUUGUGUGAUACUGAGGACACAGAGAGACAUGAUAACCAGGUCCGUGGUGCAGGAGAUCUGGAUGUGGGUCUCAUCUCAGGGACAUUACACACAUUGGCCCUCAUUCCGAGUUGAUCGCUAAGUUUUUCGGUCGCACAACAUAUUCGCAAAGUUGCGUUAAUGUAGUAAAUAUGCGAACCUCCGCCCCCAACGUAUUUUUGCACAUUCGUACGCAGUAUUACACAAAGUGGGCGUACGCCAAAUGACAUCGCAGUAAUGCGAAACCCUCGCAGCAUUGCGAAUCCAUCGCAAUAACACAUACUUAAUCGUAAAAAUACUAAGUUUUAGUAGAUUUACACAUUUUACCGUAAAAGUGCACACUUUUAAGGAAAAACGCACAAAAAUGUUUUUUUAAAGCUAUUAAGUGAAAUUACACCAUUCCUUUUAAAGUCAACAAGCCCUUUUCAAUAACGAAUCCAAUUAGUGUAAUGAUUGAUAAUGUUCCUAAACAAUUAAGUCUGCAAAAAAAACCAGAUUAACACUUUGUUGCCAUAAUUGCCCAUCAACAUGUAAAAGUGUAUAAUUUUUUUUUUCCCUUUGUUUGUUUUUAAAGGUGUUGUUUGUGAAUGAAGGUGUUUACAUGUUUCUUAACACAAUAAUCUCCUGUUUUUUUUGUUAAUAAUCUAACGUAAGAUGUGUGUAAUGUUUUUUGCAAACAAUUUCUGCCUGCCAAUCAGCUGAUCCUUUUUUGCAUUAAUAAACACAACACCCGGUUAACUUUAAUCAACUUUUUUUAUUUUAUUUUUUAAAAUAAAUCAGUUUUUUUUUCCAUAAAAUAAACAAAAUCAUGCAAAUUUUUGCAAAUUAUCAACACAAUGCAUUAAUCCUUGCAGGUGUUGGCGCAUGGUGUAAAGAAUGCCUCCAAAACUUGUAGGAUCUCCAACUGCAACAUCUGAAAUUAAGAUGCAACACAAACAUUAAUAACUUAAUUACAUUACUUAUUAUCCAAGCAAGGCGCAAAGCACACUUAAAUGCAGGCA